CGUACCUGAUUGGCUUAACUACCGGAAGUAAACAUCAUGUGACUUUGCGUCAGCUGAUCCAGCGUAGACAUCUUUACAGUCACGACUGCAGCGAUUAAUUCAAACCUUCUCAUCUGUGAUUCUCGGGCCCCGGCGGAUCAUUGACAGCAGCGACCAUGGCGCUCAGCGAUGCAGACGUACAGAAGCAGAUCAAACACAUGAUGGCCUUCAUUGAACAGGAGGCCAAUGAGAAGGCAGAGGAAAUUGAUGCAAAGGCAGAGGAAGAGUUCAACAUUGAGAAGGGCCGUCUGGUCCAGACCCAGAGGCUGAAGAUAAUGGAGUACUAUGAGAAGAAAGAGAAGCAGAUUGAGCAACAGAAGAAGAUUCAAAUGUCAAACCUGAUGAACCAGGCUCGACUGAAGGUGCUGAAGGCUCGCGAUGAUAUGAUCUCGGAAAUGCAAAACGAGGCUCGCCAGCGGCUUGCAAACAUCGCAAAAGACCCAGCAAGGUACCAAUCUCUUUUGGAUGGACUGAUCCUGCAGGGGUUUUAUCAGAUGCUGGAGCAGAAAGUGACCAUCCGCUGCCGUAAACAGGACGUUCAGUUGGUGCAGACUUCCAUCCAGAAGAACAUCCCCGUCUACAAAGCAGCUGUGAAGACCAACCUGGAGGUCCGCAUUGACCAGGACAACUUCCUCUCCCCAGACGUGUCUGGAGGUGUUGAGAUCUACAACGGUAAUGGGAAGAUUAAAGUGUCCAACACCCUGGAGAGCAGACUGGACCUCAUGGCUCAGCAGAUGAUGCCCGAAAUCCGAGUGGCUCUCUUCGGCGCCAACCCAAACCGCAAGUUUCUGGACUGAGAACCUCAGCUGUGUCUGAGACAGAACUUUCCUUUUUAUUUCGUCACAAGAAAAAAACGUCAUUCCUUUGUAUGUGAAUUGAAAUUUCCAAUGCCGAAGUGACAAGUUGUUGUUUUUGUUUGUUUGAUGGUUUGUUUUUUUUCUUUCGUGAUGUAUUGCUGUACUUUUCUGUGCAUUAAGGGAAAUGAUACAUGCUGCAACUCGGCAUUACAGAUGUGCACGGAGGGCGCUGCGCAGCUGUGAGGACCGGUGCGCGCCGCUUUCGCCCUCGCCGUGGUUUCAGUUCACAGUGAUUCGUCAGGGACCGGGUCAUUGGCUGGAUGUUUAACAGGUUUCCUUAAUUGGAUCAGGCUUCAUGACAAACACGGCUUCUGUGUCACACUUUUACUGGUUUUAUUCUCCUCUGCAGCACAUUAUAAGUUGCACGGGGCAUUGUGUGUCUUAAUUCGUGUCUGCUCCAAACCAGUCGCAAAACUAAUCAAUGGUAUCCUAGAAACAAAUCUGAAAACUGUACAUGACCCUACGAGGAUAAAUUAUUGUUAGUUGUACGUUGUUCUGCCAGGACUUAAAGGAGCGGCUGAUAUCAUUCCAGAAGGUGCACUGUAUGUAUAUGAGGUUUCCAGAUUAAAUUAUAUGUGUAUGUGUGUUUGUUUUUUGCCUCGCUGAAAGUGUUAUACUGAGUAAAGGUAAAAAAGAAAAUAAAACUAUAAAUCAUCA